AAAGAGGGUGGUUCCGGUGGUUCUGCAGCUGCAGGCCGGCUGCCGCCUCGUCCUCUGCUCCCCUGCCGCCGCCGCCGCCGCCGCCAUGCACCCCGGCUUCCAGAGCAGCCGGCGCGACUUCACCUUCGGGCCCUGGAGGCUCAGCGCCGCACGCACCCAUAUCAUGAAGUCGGCCCGGGUCGAGAGGUUAGCUGAAGAAUUGCAUAUGCCUUCCCUUCCAGAAAUGAUGUUUGGGGACAACAUCCUAAGAAUUGUGCAUGAUUAUGGCUUUGGAAUUGAGUUCAAUGCAACAGAUGCAUUAAAAUGUGUAAAUAACUACCAAGGCAUGAUCAAAGUGGCUUGUGCAGAGGAGUGGCAAGAGAGCAGGACUGAAGCUGAACAUACUAAGGAAGUUGUUAAACCAUAUGACUGGACUUACACAACGGACUACAAAGGAACAUUACUAGGAGAUGCUGUAAAAUUAAAGGUGGUUCCUACAACAGACCAUAUAGACACAGAGAAAUUGAAAGCGAGGGAACAGAUAAUGUUUUUCGAAGAAGUUCUCCUCUUUGAAGAUGAGCUUCAUGAUCAUGGAGUUUCAAGUCUGAGUGUAAAAAUAAGAGUCAUGCCUUCCAGCUUCUUUGUGUUGUUGAGGUUUUUCUUGCGAGUUGACGGUGUGCUUAUCAGGAUGAAUGAUACAAGGCUGUAUCAUGAGGCUGAUAAGUCCUACAUGAUACGAGAAUACACAUCUAGAGAAAGCAAAGUGUCAAGCUUAAAGCAUGUUCCACCUUCCCUGUUCACGGAGCCUAAUGAAAUUUCUCAAUACUUGCCUGUAAAGGAGACUGUGUGCGAGAAGCUAGAAUUCCCAGCAAAGGUGGAUCCUGAGCCUACCCCUUCACCAGAAAGCACGUGCAUGGAAUCUAAAUCAGUGUGACUUUAUGUGGACUUGAAGUGGCCCCCAUUCUGGAGACCACAUGGUCAUAUGACGAUUACCAUUGGCAUGGUUUCACUAUUUGUGGAAUAAAAAGAGUUCGGCUAAUUUUUCUGUAGCCCUAAAAUGUCGUUUCAGGCAGGUUUCACUAAUGUGUUUUAUUUUAUUUUUUAAUUUCAAACCUGCAUCUGAAAUUAGUAACGGACUGAUAGUAAACUGGAGUCUUAAUUGGCUCGGGAGAAUAAACUCCCCACCCUCCCUAGUAGUUUUUGUUCUCUUUUUAGUUUAGACAUUUGGUGUGUUGCCUGAACCCUCCAUUACCAGUGCUCUGCAUGAAGAAAUUUUUGCUCCUGCUAUCAAAAGGCAAAUAUCAUUCACAGAAUCAAGCCUCUAUUUUUAUACAGGGUUCUUCUACAAAAAGAUUUUUUUUCUCUGUGGUGUGUAUGGUUGAGCUUCAAUUCUCCCUUAGAAAACUUGCUUGGCUCCUUGGGUGCAAGCUGACAAACCAGUGUAAGUACUUUCUCUGAAUUUUAAAUCCACAUAUCUUAUAAGAGACUAUUAAGUCUUUUACUCAUGAAUAGCUUAAAAAGUAGCAAUGUGCAAAGCAUUAGUGUCAGACACUACUGAAAGGUAAAAGCUACCUUGUUUAGGAGCUGCUAACUUGGAGCUAAGUGACAGGUAGAAAUCAGCAAAAAGCUACACAGUGGCAAGUUUGUCAAAUACCAAUUUUCUCUGAGGUCAGUCAGCUCAGCCUCUCAAGGUGCCACUAACAUCUGUGGGUCUUGCAUGGGUUAGGUGUGCUGCUGACACAGUGCUUGGUUAUGGAAAUGCUUUGUACUUUUGUCUUUUUGGCAGCUAUGCCAUGUAGUUGGUGCCAGUAUAAACUGAUUAUACUGCUCUGAGAAUCAAACAGCUAAAUUCCUGGGAUUCUUAGAGAACAAAACCAAACAAAAUUCCAGUUCCUAAAUGGGAUGAGGAUUGGCAGUUUAAGAGAUGCAGGGGUUUAUCUAGCCUUAAAGGAACACUAAUGUUCCAGGCCUGAAACUUUGUCCCGCUGUAAAUCCUACUAUGAACAGAAAUGCAUUCAUUUACAUUUUAAUUAUCCUGUUCAAACUCGGUACCAUUUUGUAGCUAGAAACACUUACCCUGUAUUAUAGUAAACACUCCUGCUAUGGCAUGAGAACAAGGAAGUUAAACCGAUUGGUUUAGUGCCAUUACUUAGGUUGAAUGGAGUACAGGAAACAAAUGUUGGGUGUGGCAAAAAUACCUCUGUUUAAAUUGAUUUACUAGUCGAAGGUGGUAGCAAUAAUUCUGAUAUGGGAAACAUUUGAAUGUCAUCAUCUUAUAAACAAGCAUGUAUUUCUUAUUGUCUCUUUGCAUUUAAAAUAUGCAAUGUAGAGUGGGCCCAUUUUGAUGAGAUUUAAUUUUUUUAAGUGCAAAACUAAAAUAAUUAAAAUAAUAGUUUUUAAGAUGACAAUAACAUUUUAAAGAAAGCUACAGGCAUCUUAAUGACAGCUAUUGUUGUUCUGAAGAUUCACUUCAUCCUUUUAGUGGGGUAGUAUGGGCUGAUAGAUAGAGCCCGGGACUGAAAGGCAGGAAUGCAAACAGUAUUCUUUGCUCUGCUAUUGAUUCAUUGGGUGACUAUCAGCAAGUCACUUAACCUCUCUGUGCCUCAGUCCUCCAUAGGAGUGAUACAUGCCUACCUCAGAGGUUUUGUGAGGAUGCAAGUGGGUUAUCCUGAAUAUACCUUCAGCCUUAUGUUUGGAAAAGAUUAACUUAAUAUCCAAAAGUAUUAAGUACUUUGCUGUCAUUUUUUUAAACUAGAGGUGAGAAUGAGACUAGUUCUUUCAAGACUAAUUAACUCCCAGACAGAUAUUGCCUAGGAUCAUUUAAGAUGAGGGAUGAAUUAUAGGCUUGUGGCCACUGGGAGGCAGAGAAGUGCUUGCACUUACUUGCUUUCUCCCUUCCCCCCACCAUUCCCAAGUACUUCAGAGUAUGGGAAGGAAUGGAUUGGUUCUCACUCAGACUUUCAGAUCAGGAUAAAAAGGGUGAAGCUAGUAAGGAAAGAAUGUAGGUACAAUAAAUUUGGAAAGGGAAACAUUUAGAGAUGAUUCAGUGAAUUGGGGAAAAAGGCAAAGGAAGGAAACAAUCAGGACCUAUUUGCGUAGACAAGUCAUUCUUAAUGGUAUACUGUAUUCCAGGCUUACACCACUUUUCAAUGUGUUAGGAAUUAU